GAUUACUCACUAAAAUGCACAAACUCUUUGCAGCAGUGAUCUUGGCUCUUGCCUCGAGCGCAGCAGCUAAAACAAAUGUGCACUUGGCCCACCCUCUUCCCAGAGCCGACCCUAAAGCCCCCGUUCUAACCGUCGGGAUGUCCCUUUCAGAGCCCUUCACGCCUAAGGGGGAACUUACUCCCUGCGAACCAAAACUUGGUCAGCCUUUGGGGAAUAUCACCAGCGGUGCCACUGUUCGACUAGAAAUAAGGGGCAAUUGGACUCGCAGCGGCGGGGUCUGCGAAUUUGGUCAGUCUCACGACGGCAAGAACUUUCGUGUUAUGAACCGUUUGUCCCCCGAGGACUGCCUUGCCAACGGAACUAAAACCUUUGACUUUGUGACUCCUACCGAAGCCCCUACGCAGAACAUCGUAUAUGCAUUUGUGACGAACACAAAUGAUCGACAACAACUCUUCUAUGCCUGUGCCGGCUUUACAAUUCAAGGAAAUGGAACAAAAGGUGGAUUCAGUCAACCUGCAACGGACAAGGGUUUCUCCCUCCUCGCGACGCCAGAUCUGCAACCUGUUGCCCCACCUCCCCCAUCUCCCGCAUCUCUGCGACCCAGAGACCUUUUUCCUCUACAAGUCUCGAUGAACCUUGGAGAGCCCAUCGACCGUACGAUGAACCCUAAUCCCUGCGAGGCAAAACUUCUGAAGCCUUUGGGGAAGAUCAGGAGCGGUAGGCCUGUUAACCUAGAAAUAAGGGGGGAUGGACGUCGCGGUGACGGGGGCUGCGAAUUUUUUCAGUCUCACGACGGCAAGAACUUUCGUAUUAUGAAUACUAUGUCCCGCAACGACUGCCUUGCCAACGGAACUAAAAUCUUUGAGUUUCCGACUCCUACCGACGGCCCUACGCAGGACAUCGUGUUUGGAUUCAGAAUGAACACGACGGAUCCAAACCAAUUCUUCUUGGAAUGUGGCGGCUUGACACUUGAAGGAAAUGGGCCAAAAAGUGGAUUCAGUCAAGUAGCAACGGACAAGGGUUUCUCCCCGACGCCAGAUCUGCUACCUAUUGCCGCACCUCCCCGACCUUCGCGAGUGAUAAACCGGCGUACGAAUGAUAAGAACAAGAAGCCAUGCAAGAACAAGGGCAAAAAGAACGGAGAUGCCACGACUUCCGUGCCAGCGGGGACUGCUGUUCCGACGCCCCCGCUUCCCAACCCCGCUGACCCAGUGCCAACGCCAUUGCCGUCAGUUUCCACGAAGGGUGCGCCAUCGCCUCCUGGCCCCGGUGGUUCAGGACCAUUACCACAAAUCCCCGGUGACCCUGGACAAUUACCGCCAAUCCCCGAUGGCCCGGGAUCGCCGCCGUCAAUCCCAAGUGACCCGGUGCCAUUGCCCCCGACGACCACGGCGGCAGGGCCAUCGCUGCCGUUGCCCACUGACCCGGGGCCAUUGCCGCCAGUGACAAUCCCUUCGUUGCCGCCAUUCCCCACUGACUCGGGGUCCUUGCCGCCAGCGCCUGACGGCCCCGGACCCCAGGCGACGGAAACGGCACCAAAUCCAACCACCGGCCCCGGCCCCGCGCAGCUCCCCAAGGGCAACGACCUUUGCGGGGAUAAUUUUAUGGUCUGUUCCGGCCAGGACUCAUUUCUCGUUUGCAACCCUACAUAUCCCAAUUUUACCCCGAUAGAAAUGGCAUGCGCACCUGGAACGUCAUGCAGCAAUGCUGGAAAGUACAUCCAAUGCACAUAGAGAUUAUUUGAAGUGAAGUAUAAAGAAUUUUUGUAGAACUUAUACAGCAAGUAAAUAGAAAUAUCAUUAACAAGAAAUAAAAAUACAGUGAAAAGGC